CUUAUCUGUGUCAGCAUCAUUUCUCUGAAGUUUCUCUUCUCUUCUCUUCUCUAGCACACACAGAGAGAAAACCCAGGUGGGGGUUCUUCCUGCACUGCAUUGUUCCUUCUCUUUCUUUUUAAAAAGUAUUGAUAUUUGAACAAGUCUCUUGGUUCCACACCCUGUUACUUUACUGCAGGUGUUUUGAGAUAAUACUGAGGAAGAGGACUAGGUCACACUUCAAAAGAAUCAAAUGACUAUUACUGAUACUAAUUACGAUCACAAUUCUAAGUCUCAUGCUUUGGGUAGCAAUGUCAAAAGAAACUCAAUUUUCAAUACCCCUUUUCUGUUUGUGGGUAUGGGUCCUAAAGGCUUGUUGGAUUCUGAUUCAAUUAAGAGCCCCACUUCCCCCCUAGAUUUUAAGUUUCUUUCAAAUCUAGGUAACCCCUUUAAAACCCCAAAAUCAUCAUCACCCAAUGAGGGGCAGCAACAAAGGAGCUGGGAUUGUACCAAAGUAGGUCUAAGUAUUAUAGAUUCUUUGAAAGAGUGUUGCAAGUUUUCUGGUGAAAUUCUCCUGUCAUCAGAGUGCAAGAAGACUGGUCUCAGUCCCCAAAUGAUUAUCAAAACCCCAAAUUGUAAAUCCUACAUGGAUUCUGUUCAGUCAUCCAAAUCCUUACCUGAAGAUUAUUUUAAGCUUCCUUAUGCCCAGAAUGGUUCUAUUUUCCACAAGGGGGAAUCCACUGUUCUUUUUGAGAUUGGAGAAACCCCGUUAGAACAUGAGCCUUUUGGGAAAGCUAUGUCUUGUUCAUUGGAUUCAUGCAGUCCUAUUAAAGAACUGUCUAAUUUAACUGGUUCCAACUUUGAUUCAGAGAAUUUUGCUAUGAACCAAGUGAGUUCUCCUCCUCAUUUUAUUGGAGGAAGCCAGAACCAAAACAACAACUUUGAACCUAUAGAGUUAAAUUCAAACCCUUUGUCCCUGUCCUCCUCCAAUGAAUUAAUCAAGUCUCUAUCAGCAAGUGAGAUUGAACUCUCUGAGGACUACACAUGUGUAAUUAACCAUGGUCCCAAUCCCAAAACCACCCAUAUUUUCUGUGACUGCGUUUUGGAAACUCAUGCUAAUGAUUUUAAAAAACAUCAUAAGAAUGAAGUGAAGGAGGAGGGAUUGUCCUCCCUCGUGGCUAACACUCCAAACCAAUAUCUAUCUGGUGACUUCUUAAGCUUCUGCUACCAUUGCAACAAGAAAUUGGAAGAGGGGAAAGAUAUUUACAUAUAUAGAGGUGACAAAUCAUUUUGCAGUUUAACAUGCCGUGCCAUGGAGAUCAUGAUUGAUGAGGAAUAUAGAGAAAUUGAAUCCAUCAUCUGAAAACUCUUUAAAGUGUAAUUUUGUGGCAUCCUCAUAUCUAUACAUAAGAGGCUUUUCUGUCAUUGGCACUGAGCCCUUGAGAUGAGUAGACGCACCUGAUCAUCUAUUCACAAAUUAAGAGCUGUUUUAUGUGAAUCUAUUAGCAGCCAUGGAUGAUUGUUUUGUACAUCAGUGCGUUUGCCAUUGGUUUUUUAGCUUUCAUGGUCUCAGUGGACGAUGGCUCUCUUCAUAGAGAUUUGAUUUCCAUAUAUAACUGGAUAUAUAAGUUGUGAAAUUCCGUGAUAGAUUAAGCUUAUUUUUCAUGCAAAAGUUAAGGGUGGAAGCCCAUUUUUCUUGGCUGACCCCUUAUUGAAGUUGCCUUGUAUUAUCUCUACAUAUUAUGUCAAGAAUCAGUGUAUGCAACUCAAAACAAGUUUUUGACUUGAACGUAAUGAAACUAUUUCUUUUCUGGAAUGUA